CUAUUGUACGCCGGGAGGCAACGUGCUGAAGCGUUCCUCUCGCCUGAAAAAACGGCACACUCACGUUUUCUUUGGAUUACAAGUAAACUGGAAAGCCAUGCUGCGCUACCUGAUUAUUACAGAAAGCCAAGACUGUGUUCUAAUUUAGAUAGACGACAUUUUGAGCCACUAAUCCUGAACAUAAUUAAAUUAGUUAUUUGUGAUGUCAAGGCCCAGUCGUGUGGAGACUGUUUACUCUGUCAUCACACUACAGCUUAAACUAAUUUACAUUUUCACUGAUGGUGUGCAAAACUAACCCGAAGGAGUCACCGUGCUUGUACCUGUCAAACAAAACAAACAGCCGCCUCUCCUCGAGAUGUGGCACGAGGGUAGGUGUGUCUCAUAAAUAAUGAGAGCGCAUUGAGAGAUGCAUUAAACGCGAACCCCGCCCCGCUCGCUGUGUUCCGCGAGGGCGUGACGUCACGUGAACUGCCCGUGUCCGUUCCAGCUGAGGGAGAGAGAGAGAGGACGCUCGGACGUGGACGUCGCGCGGCCCAGACACAGACCCGAGCCCGUGCGCCCGUGACUGGAUCCACCGGAUGCACUAAAAGUACAGACAGAGAAAGAGGAAACGGGCCCCCUCCUCCUCCUCCUCCCACUCCUCCCCCCUCGACGGACAGCAGAGCGCGACAGCAGAGAGGGAGAGAAACACCAAUACAACUUGUCAUCUGACCAACUCAGCCGCUGCUUUCGUCGUUGUGUGUGUUUUUCUGUACACACCGUGUCCCUUUCGGUUGUUUUGUUUUGACGGAGGUUUCGCCUUGCAACUGUUUCGGUGAUCAUCUUCUUUUCGAAACACCGGACGAUUAACUCGGGAGAUUACUCUGCAAGUUUUUUAAUUGUGACAUUUUUCCUGUCCGUGCAGUCUGCUGGUCUCGCUGUCAUUUUUCACGCCUUUGCAUUUUUUCUUUUAUUAUGGACAGUGUUCCUGCUCAGAUGGUCUGACUGUCCCUCCCACACUGAUCCUCUGAGAAUAACAGCUUGAUUUAUUACAGUUUUAACAACAUACAGCUACAAUGGAAUACUUUGAUGAAAAUAUUUCUGCAAGCAAAUAAGGAACUCUUCACAACUACAAGGGAAAAGAGUCAUCCACAGCCUACUUGUCCUAUUGGUAGGCACUCUAGUCAAGAGAGCCUCGCCCCUUUUCAAGCGCCCCCAGGUGUCUUUUUCUGCAGCCCACCUCGUUCUGGUCCAGGAUGUCCAGGCAGCUCUCCCAGCUUCCGACCCCUGACCUCCCAGCCGGCGCAAGCCCACAGUUUGGAAGUUGUACUCAGCCCGCAGGCUCUCUUACAGGGGGUCAUCUCAACUCCAUGGCAGGUCUGAAAUCCCUCCUGCAGCACCCUGUGAAGGGAGACCAGCGUUUAAAAAACCCCUGUGAUGUGAAAGACAAAGACAGACUGGACCUUGAUGAGGACUCCUUGGGAGUGUGCCCCAUGAGGAAUGGCAGUGGAAUAGGCAGCAGUAAUAACAGUAAUGGCUGUGGAGGAGGAGGAGGGGGUGGUGGUGGUGGUGGCGGCGGCGGCGGCAACGGCAACGGAGGAGGAAGUUUCAACCAGUUCUUGGGGCCUCUUCUGUGGGAUCGCACCCUGCCUGCAGAUGGGGGGCUCUUCCAGCUUCAGUACAUGGACUUGGAGGAGUUUCUGACCGAAAAUGGAAUGGGCAGCAUGCACAGCAACAACAGCUCCAGUUCGGCCCAGAUCCCCUCGCAGAGCUCCCCGUCGGCUGUGCCCAACCAGAGCUCCCAGUGCCUACCACCCUCAUCCCCACCCGGCUCCUCGUCCUCCUCACCCUCUUCUUCCUCUUCCCCAUCGCUCAUUGGCUUGGAGGUGGCUCAGCCUCAGAGCCUUGCAGGAGGAACCGACUGUCUGCACGGGAGUCAAUCGAGUAUGAAUGAGUCCUGUGAGUCACCUUCGUCCUCCUCCUCGUCCUCUUGUCCACCUCUGCUGACGCCCACGGGCAGUGGGCCAGAUGUGAUUGGAAUGUUUGACAUGGAUUCUUCGGACAUGGCUAUGUCCAGCUCCUCCAGCCAGCAGAACUUCGACCCCAGGAGGCACUCCUUCAGCGAAGAGGAGCUUAAGCCACAGCCAAUGAUCAAGAAGGCGCGCAAGAUCCUGGUGCCUGAUAACAUGAAGGAUGAGAAGUACUGGACCAGGAGGUACAAAAACAAUGAAGCGGCGAAGCGGUCCCGGGACGCCCGCCGUCUCAAGGAGAACCAGAUAUCAGUGCGUGCCGCCUACCUGGAGAGAGAGAACGCCGCACUCAGACAAGAAGUGGCCGAGAUGCGGAAGGAACUGGGCCGCUGUCGUAACAUCCUUAGUAAAUACGAGAACCGCCUCGCCGACCAGUGAUGAAGGCAUGGAGCAAAAAAUCAGGAAGAAUAUAAGCUGGAUUAAAUUUAAGACUUCUUGAGGGUGGCAUGAUGGACAGAAUGGGGUCAGGAUCAUGAUGAUGACGGUGAUGAUGAUGAGGAAGAUGAUGAUUAUGAUGAUGAAUGUAUAAGACAAGGAGAAGGUUUGUGUAUUGAAGCUCAGGUGUCUUGUUUUGUUGAGGUGUUCAGCUCUUAAAAGUAAUGGGUGGAGAGCAUAAUUUAACAGAUGAAAGAUGUGACUUUUAAGAGUUUUGUUAUUGGAGAAUUGUAUAUUUUUAUAAUACUUCUGAAAAAUUAGAGGGAGAGCAAAUUUGGAGAAUAAUUUUGUAUAUUUUCUACAUGACUGGGACAUAGAGAUGGGGGAAAGCUAUGGUAAAUUUUUAUUAUAGACACAGAGUCAGGAGAUGUUUGACAGGUGGUCAGCCAUCGAUGGGUAUUUUUCAACUUGAUUUUCGUAGUCAGUCAGGAUGCAGCAGCAGGGGCGAGGAUGCAUGUAACAAUUGUAAUAUAGAGAGCAAAAUUAUCUUAAAAUCGUAUAGUUCAGCAUUUUUGUGGAUUUUACUCAAGCACUUAAUUAUUUUUUUUCCUUUUACGUUUCCGUCACUGGGAAUGGGCAUGUUAGAGAGAGGCAGAAUAAGAGACAUGAGGAGACACCAUGUAAACAGUCCAGCACUAUCCUCAACACUUGUCUCGUCCAGUCUUGUGUAUCCUUUUUUAACACUUCACCCUUUUUAAUUGACUUCUGUUCCCCAGCAAUAUUAGCUCCUUGUACCUCAGGCUUAUAUAUGAGAUUGGUGCAUCCAUAUCCAGUCCCAUACCCGUAUCUUUGACUCUUAUCUUUAUUUUCUCUAUCCCAGUGGAGUGCUUUUAAUCUGCUCUGGUGUUUUCGUAUCGUACCUAUAAGCUAGCGAGAGUCGGCCUGUUGUGGUGCCCUGGGUAACUCUGCUCCUCUUGAUCCUCUCUUUGAAUUGUUGGGAAAUUUCUCUUCCUCUGUUUCUAUAUCCAGCUGCUCUAUUUUAGGUCUGCAAUCCACUCAACGUUAUGUGCAAACUCUUCCCAUAAUAUCUUGUCCUUGUGUCUCUCUUGUACCUCGACAGUACAUAGAGAUAAUCAAAUCUCAGUGUUGUAAUGUAUUCUGAUACAGUAAUCGACCUUCCCCGUAAAACGCACAUUGUUACUUUACUGUACUUUAUGAACACACUUUAAUUAGCAUUAAUGGGGGGGGAGAAAUGUUGUGUAUAUUGGAUAGGCCUAUACUAUUUUGUGUAUUUGAUGUAUUCCAGGAGAUGGGUUGACUACUCCCAUUGAGUGGAAUGGUGUUAAUUUCUCAGAUUUCUGGGAGAAAUAAAAGCCAAAAUUUCCUAAUGUUGAUCCACAAAGCUUGUUGCUAUUUAGUGCUUUUUUCAAUACUGCUCCUUCCUUACUGUUUACUCCUGUUAUUACUCCUUACUUUACACUGUAUCUAUAAACUUCUCUGUGUACCCACAUCACUUACACAGGGGCAUGGUACACUAUGUUAUGUUCCUGGGGGAGGGAUGACUAGUAAUACAGUGUGAUUUUAAUCCCCUUAAUGACCAUGAUGAAUAGUUACCAUUACUGCUAUUAUUAUUGUUGAUUAUGAUGAUGAUUAUCCCUCUUAUUGUUGCUGUUCUAUAUUACUGAAUGAUUUUCUUUCUUUGGAUGAACAUGAUCUGUUGCACCUUGAAACAUCUUUGAUCUUCAUAGUUCCUCAGAAAGACUAUUCAAAUGGAUAAAAACCCCUCACUCUCUGCUAUUUGCAUCCUGUCUCAGACCUCCAGACAUUCAACAUCACUCACUUCUGCUACGGACAAUACUGCCACCUUGGUGUCUUUGACCAUGGAUUUCACAAAAUGUGGCUCAGUAACUCGAACAUGAUUCUCAUGCAGACUUACGUUACCUUUCACAACGACCUCCUCUGUUCCCCAGCAGUGUAUGGACUAUGCACAGUAUCGAUAUGCUCUUUCUCAGUUUAUUUCAGCCUUCAUCACCUCAAUCAGUGAUUGUUUGCUCUCCCGACAGGAUUUAGUCUCCUAAUAUCCUCACAGAUGUGGUUGAUAAAUCUUAUAGUGACUCUUAAUUGAACUACAACUGCCCUGCUGCAUCAGUGGUGUCCAUGGUGCCCAGCCCACUUAGUGCUGGUUAUUUGGAUGUAGUCGAGAUUUCCCAAAAACACCAAUAAAAGAUUGUUCUCAUUCA